GGCCUUUAAGGGGCCUUUCCAACUAAAAAAAAUUCUAUGGCUCUAUGACUCUAUAAAAUACAAUACCAACUUCAUUUCAGCCUUGGAAAGGAAGGACACAGACAUUCAGGACUUACCUGCCUGAUGGGCAGCAGAUCUUACAGAAACAGCCCAUCUAAGGUCUUGGAGACUUUGCAAUAACUGCAAGAAAAAAGCUAAUGUCCCUGCAAUUUUUUUGAAAUUCAAGUUGCACCUGUCACUGAAGUGGAUGGCGUGCAAGCAGUGGUGGUGGAGCCUAAUGCCUUCCUCCCCUGCUGCCCAGGGGUGGGCAGGAUGGAGGAGGACAACCCCCAGGCCAACCACCCCUUGUGGUUGGCUCCUUGUCUCCUCUGCAUCCUCUUGUUUUCUUUUGCAAGCUGGGAACAUGUGUAAGUCCAUCUCCACCUGGACUGUCUCAUGAGCAGUGGAGCAGACGACCCCUGGUCUGUAAAGUGCCAGUCACUAUGCUUAGCAAGAAUGUCAUUAUCAUACUCCAGAAGGGAAAAGUGCCUUUCAGUUUAUGUCAUUUAAAGCAAUGAGGUAUUUAAAUUGCGCCUUUACAGUCAUAAGGCAGUGAUUUAUGCUGCUUUUUUAUCUAAUGACACAACACACCCAAGAACCUUACCCCUGAAUCACAGAGGAACAAACUUCAAGUGAUUAUUCUGUCAUCAGCAUUGCACCACUGUCUUUGUUGGGAAUGAUCAGCAUUUUGGAGUGAAAGUCACAGAAACCAAGAAGUCCUCAGCCAGUGGCUUUCAUGUGGCCUGCCACCACCAGGAAGCCUCCGUUCUCUGCCUCCUGCUUUGGCAAGGAAACUGGGCAGGCCAUUAUCGUCCUCUCAGGCUUUGGCAGACCUGGGGUGGGGACAUGGAUCCUCCAGGAUUGCGGGCACAGGGGUGACAACGCCAGAAGGAAGCCCUGCAUCCCUGACAGUGUGAACUGGCGCUGAAGCUACAGCUGGAAAUCCUCCUGACUUAUAGCACAAUAACCACCACUUCCUGUGACAAGGGCAACUCAAAAUCCAUCCACACGCAAUUGUUCUCCAUCACGUUGGUAAACAAGCCCACAACUUAAUUGCCUCCUGGGCAGCAGUGAACUGAAGGCCUGAUGCUGGAGGCUAUUUAGAGAUCUCAGACUGUGCUAUCAGCUGCUGAGCUAGCACAUGUUGCUAAAUCUGAGCCGGCAGUGCAGUUGCAGUAAUUCCCAGAGCAGUUUACCUAACGCUUAUUCCAAUAAUAAGGCAUAAGGAGGGGGCUGUUAGGGAUAGGAAAACCAAAACUGCUGCUUCUGUAUUUCAUAGGAUAGGCAGAAUAUGCCAUUAAUUAUCUCAUCUGCAAUCCUGCUUUACUGUAGGCCAUUCAGACUCUCAUGCUGAGUCCAACAGACUGAACAUUUUAUUUAGUGUGAGCAACUCUUGUAUAAACAAUACCAGUUUUGAUGAGCAGACCUGAAAGAGGCUCUUGGAUGUCUUCUUUGAUAACCAGACCCUCCAGUGUACCUUUGUUUUUAUAAGAUCCAUUUCAUGUUGCAUCAGAUUUAACAGAUCCAGGAGCAUACUUUGAUGCUUCUCCCCCCCUUUAUUUUCCUAUGCCCAGAAUAAAAUACAAUAAUACUGUUAAAAUGAAGGUUAGUUUGAUAUUGUUUUCUUCUUGCUCCAAACAGCAAAUAAUGGAGUAACAGAUGUUGCAGUCACCAACCAAAAUCUUGGGCUGUGAUUAGCUAUUAUUAGCAUGUCUAUAAUCUCCAAGGGAUUAAGUGGUCACCUAAGCAUGGCUUCAAGUGUCACCUAUGUCUCACAGGGACAUAAACUAAUCUCUUUUGUUGGAAACAGAUGAAGUGAUAAGUGUUUCAAAGCCAUUCUAAUUUACAGAAAAGCUGCAGUCCAUUCUCUCUUAAGUCACCACUUUGGAGUGGAAAAGAAUGUUUCUGAGCUCAGAUUCUGUUUCAGGGAAGGUUGCUUGAAGAGCUGGUGGGCACCUAACCCUCAUAAAGCAGCUGGUGAACUUAGUCUUCCUGACAGUCUGUAGGUUGCCAAGCAUUUAAAGCCUUCUGUUGAUCUUCUUCCCACUCCUAAACACAACAGCUUCUUCUGGGGAACAAAAGGUGAAGAUGAGGAGUGUGUCCCAGGGUGGCACAAUGUGUGCACAAGACUGCAGGUAAGCUGCUGUGUCUGAACUAACAGAGCUGGUUACCUUUACAUGCAGUGCUGGGGGCUGCCAGUGCUUCAGGGACCCUGCUGAUCGUUGGGGCACAGUACAUAUGGUAAGCAGACAGGUGCAGCUGAAGGAUUAGUUUGGCAAAUGGCUAUUUGUCAUCUUUCUUUUCUAGAAAAACGCCAAGGUUCCAGCCAGGACAUGAAGCACCCGGUGCCUUGUUGGAGCAGCUGGGCAUGCAUCACCUCCCCACGUCUUCGUAUUUCUCUGUCCCUGAUAAACUCAGCCACAGACAGGCAAAGAGAGAAGAAGGGGCCAUUACUGCUAACAGUGACCAUCUCCAAGUGCUCCACUGGCUGUCCCCUUCCCGUAGGUGCUGAGGAGCAAAACCCUGUCCUAUCUGCUCUCCCCAUGGUGCCCAAAGCAUGAGGACAGUGAAACACCUCUGAGCUCUGCCCCAACCUCCACGUGAUAUGCAACCCAGAUGGCUCCUGAACCAGGAGCCAAUUUUAGGUAUGCAGCAGUCCCCAGUGAACUUGCCCAGGAAACUGCUAAGACACAUUAAUUUUAGCACCUCCGUGUUCUACUGCACAGUUUGCCAUGCAGUCUUCCCACCUCAUUGGCGGAAGACAGCACCUUUGUCACCAUUUUGUGGGAAGGGCAAUGCGUGUAAGUGUUGUAGGGCAGUCUCCAGCAGAUGCUUCAGUAGUGCCUACAGAUAUUUUAUUGGCUGCUGCCAACAUUACCUGUCUGUGCCUGUCUGAGGCAGGGAUCUACCAGAGAUUUGGUGGUGAUGUUUGGAGACAUGAAAGAAAUGUUCCGCUGAGAGUGUUUCUGCAUGAGGUCCUUACCACACAAGGGCUAUACUGUCUUUUUAGCCAUGUCCUCCUUGCCUUCUUACCCUGACCACAGCACUGGAUAUGAUUGACUUCAAAACCAAUUUUUGUUUAAUUCACAGUCUUUUGUUUCAAUGCCCGUGCUCAGCAAGCCUCUGCUAUUUUAGGUAGGCUGUGCCUGUGAAGGUUCUGCAUGCAAAGCAAACACUGAAAGCCAAUUUCAUGCUGCUCACUUGGAAUAGCAAGGUACAGUCAGUCACUUCAUCAGAGAUGCAGAUGCCAAGUAUCCUUGUCUCCUUCUAAAAUAUAAAUGGAAGCUGCACAAAGGUCAAACCAAAGUUUCCCCUGGCAGAAAGAUAGCAUUGUCUUUCCUUUCCCCCUUCCUUCAGGCACCCCUGAAGAAGCUGUUUGGAAAGUAAGAUAGUACACACCAGGCGAGAUGGCUGGAGGGCUGGGUUGUGUGCUUCCGUUGAGGAAUUCUUGGGCAAGCGAUUGCUGCAACAAGACCAACACUUCCAAAAAGCUUUACCCUUUCUGCUCAUGUCCAGACUGUUGAGCAGUACCAGGAGGUUCAAGACUCCCUGGCCUUACUCCACAGAAACUGCAGCUAUCCCUAGUGAGGGUGUCUGAGACUUCCCAGCACCCACCAACCUAGUGGAAGAAGUAAUAGCCAGUGCGCCAACUCCUAAAGGAGUGGCUGAAAUCUUCUAUCUCUAUCCAGGUGACCUUGGGUAUAAAGAGUACACAGCCAGCCUGUGCCGUAGGGGAAAUUCUUUGAUCACUUUGGGAAACUGAAAGAAUGGUAGGCACUUUUUCCUAUGAACAACUUUUCCUAGCCAUUUCUGCCUCUUUUGUUGUUGUUUCCUAGUGUGUCCCCAUGGAGGCUUCUAGGAAGAACAUUUUGGGAAGGAAAGGGCUAUAGCACUUAUAAAACUGGAAAUGUUGACAAGAAAUGCUGGUAAGGAUAUGUAUAAAGAUGUUUCACUGCACAGAACUGAGGACUGUUAGAUACAUAAAGGCAAAAUCUUAAUUUUUUACACUUUUUUUUUUAGUAGAAGGUUUCAUUUUAGCAGACAAUGCACAAUAUCUGUCUACUCCUGCAUGGAUCAUCUUCAUUUGAUGAUGCAGAUAUUGGAAGUGCUAAUAAUAUAACCGCUCCAAGCAAGUAAUCAAAUAUGAACACGUAUGUGCCUGUGCGGAUGAAUAUGUAUGGUCCAUGAGUUUGUGAUUAAUGCUUUGUGCUUAUUCUUCUAACACGUGUAAGAAGCAGGAAGACUUCAGUGAGACAAAGGUGUGGUACAAUCACAUCAGCAAAGUUAUUAGCUUUCUGGACAGCUUUUUCCAUUAUGUAAAAGCUGUGUUUGUAUUAGAAUAGCAGUCAGACACACUGGUGUGAGGAUUACAGUUGGUUUUUACAUAAUGGAUUAUCCAGAUUAAGCGUUUUAUUCAGGCACACGAGCAAAAAUAACCAAUUAGUGACUUCGCAGAUUCAUUAUUUAAAGGCAGCUGGAGGGCAAUUGACACAAAACUCUCCUGCUGACUGCAGCCCAAAGACUGAAGCAGAGUAGUCUCAGGGAUCUCCAGCACCUCUACCCAGCAGGUAGGUGUCUCUUCAGCAGAGGCGGGACAGAUCAGCAGAUCUUGCAGUAGGAAAGAAUAGCUUGCACAUCAGCAGUUGGGAACAGAGUAGCUGCUUGGGUGUUUGGAAGUCCUAGGUUGAUAGCUGUGUUUGGAUGUUGAAGGCAAGAUACAGGUAGCUGUGUUUUUUCUGGGCAUUAGAACAGGUAUUCAGGGUCAAGUACUCUGCAAGAACGUAUGUGCAGUUGCUCUCUCUUCUCAAAGUGUGAGGAACAAAUACUCAGAGGUAUGGAUGAGAAUGGAAUACCCUGGGGAAUUAAUACAGCCAUAGCCAUCUGGUAGCCAUGCUGCAACAGCAGAUCAAGCUUCCAGAAAUAGAGUAUUAUUUGUUAUGUUUGUAGGGGAAAUGGUGUAAGGGUAAACAGUCCUAAGAUGUAUUUUUCUAGGAGGAACCUGAUUCACUUAGAAGAGUUGGUCAUAAUGAACACAGCUUUGCUGAUUUCAAAGUGACGUGGACAAUCACUAUGAAAUAACAUCCUUCCAUCCUACAGUGCUAUACCAGAAUUCAUCAGAACAGUUUUCUUGUUGUCACAAGAAAAAUUAAAAAAAUUUCAAAUUUCUUUCAAUUUUUAAUAACCUUGAUUCAUAAUGUACAAAUAUUAUGCUCUGCAGUGCUACUACUGUCAAGCAAAAUUCUCUUGCAAAGCAAUUGCCAAUGGAGCUCAGAUUUGGCUGGAGUCAGGCACCGUGAUGACCCAAGUUUCUCAGUGCAAAAAAGAGUACACUACCAAACGCUGAAGAAAACUAGCUUUGAAAUUAGGAGGAUAUAUCUGUAGGCAUAGCAUUAGCUAUCCACAUUUACUGCAUGAAAUAAAACUCUGCCCACUUGCUUUUGUCUUGCAGAAUGAAAUACGCACAAUAUGUUUUCCUGGCAUCAGUCUUCUCCACGGUUGAAUAUAGCCUAGCUCAGACCUGUGCAGUGGACUCUUUCUCCGUGAAAGACAAUUUUGAUCCAAAAAGGUAUGCAGGGAAAUGGUAUGCCUUGGCCAAGAAGGAUCCAGAAGGCCUUUUCCUUCAGGAUAACAUCUCUGCUGAAUAUACCGUUGAGGAAGAUGGCACAAUGACAGCUUCAUCUAAGGGCCGGGUGAAGCUUUUUGGGUUCUGGGUAAUCUGUGCUGACAUGGCUGCUCAGUACACAGUGCCAGACCCAACCACUCCUGCGAAGAUGUACAUGACGUACCAGGGCCUGGCAAGCUAUCUGUCCAGUGGUGGGGACAACUACUGGGUGAUUGACACCGACUAUGAUAACUAUGCUAUUACUUACGCCUGCCGCAGCCUGAAGGAGGAUGGCUCCUGCGAUGAUGGCUACUCCCUGAUCUUCUCUCGCAACCCCCGUGGUCUGCCCCCCGCCAUCCAGCGCAUUGUGCGCCAGAAGCAGGAGGAGAUCUGCAUGUCUGGCCAGUUCCAGCCUGUGCUGCAGUCAGGUACCUGGCAUCACACCUGGUUAUUGGGAUGGUGGGGCAUCCCUGCCCCUUGCCCUUUCGUGUUCAUGGGAUCAUGCUGAGGUGUUCACAGGACUAAAAACUCAGUCAGCCGGGACUAGCAAAGGUUUGGACAACAGGUACAGAAUGGCACAACUUGUCCUAAUCUUGUACUGUGAAGCAGUAGUAUUCUAGGAAGGUGGCAACUCCAGUUUCACUAAAGACUAGAAGGAUGGUAGAGCACAUUGCAGAUUUACUUAACUGGACUGACGUUUACUCUUCUUUCUUUGCAGGAGCCUGCUAGAAGUACACUUCUGAUUCUAUCCCUAAGCACAGAAGCCAGACCUCUUGGUACUGAAGCUGCCACUCAGCUAAUAAAUCAUAGUAGUGUGUUUUUUCUGAAAAACACAUGAAAACGUUGGGGAUUUUGUAAACUGUGUGCAGUACAGUAGUGGUAUCUCAAUUUUCAAGGUAAUACCUAAUGUGGCAUUUGUCAAUAAAAGUUUUUUAAAAACCCAUCUAUAACCGCUUUCUGUUGCAUGCCACUGGGGAGCAGCAGAAGCAGGGCAGCUCCCUGGGAAGGCAGGAGACCAGGGUGGUCUGCCACAGCUCUGCCUGGGGCCAGCAGGGCAGGUGGGAGCCUGGCCAGAUUCCCCUGCCAGUGCUGGCCAGCAAGCAAACACAUAGUGGGUGACAAGGGGAAGCCGAUCAGCGCAUGGGCAGCAAAGUGCAUGGCAGGGUACGGGCAGAAGCAGGACUGGGGCUGGUUAGAAGGAGGAUUACUGGCAGCAAGGCUCCUGGGGCCUUGGCCUGCACUCAGCUGCAGUGGGCUUGUGGCCCAUGGGCACAGGGUGCCUGGGAGGAGCUCCAAGAUGAGGCUGAGGAAAGCAGCCCAGUGGGGUGCCCACUGGGCCGCAGCACAGCUCCUUUACCAACAUUUCUCUUCAUAUUCAAUCUUCUUGAACAUAACCUCUGAGGUCAGACUGAUAAUGUGAUCCUUGCUGCCUGGUAAUGUCUUAAAAUUAUUUCUGGAACAACUGAAUAGAAAAAUCAGUAUUUCUGAUUAGACCCUGACUUUAGAAUGCAGUAAAGCAAGUGUUUCUUUUCAGGAGCACUGAGCCAUUGCUUUAAGUGAGCAGGUACUUGUGUUUCUAAUGACACAGGCAAUAACUUAGUCCUCACUGCCUUCCUAUCCAGUCUCCGGUACCUGACAGCUAUAGAAUUGAAAGGUACAGAACAGGCACAUUUUGCGGACAAGAUUUUCAUUGAUAGAAAGAACCAAAUAAUAAUAUCUAGACAACUCCUUAUAGAUAAAGGGUAACCUGAGACAGUGUUUCUGACAAUUUCCACAUUCCAUAGUGCAAUCAAACUCACUUUCAACAUUCCUAUGAAUACAACUACCAGAACAGAACACGCCCCACACCACACUGAACCCUGCAGUUUGCCAGCAACAUCAACACACAGAUAAGACCAAGCUGGGCAGCCCCCACUCCUGAGCCCUUCAUUAGAUCUGUGGUACUGGGGUGAAAUAGAGAGAAAUGCUUCAGCGCACCACAUCAUAGAACACCUUCUGCAACAUGCAAGAUCUUACUUAUAGUAUCUAUAAACACUAUCCACUGUAUCUGUGGGAGGAGCAUGUAAAACACUAACUAAAGACAUUUCCCCAGGGCCAGACACAUGAUCCUCAGGAUGCAGAGAUGUCUCCCAGGCUUUCUUUUCCUCAGAAGCACUCUAAAGCCUCUCAGUUAGCAGAGAAACUAUGGUACAAAGGUAUUCCUAGCUUUUCUGGUCUAGGAUAGCUACCUUCAAGGGAAGCAGGAUGGUGAAUCAUCUAAAGUUAAGGUCAGAAGCAGAAGAGCAGCAUGCAGUAAAAAAGGAAAACCACACAGAUAAGUGACUAUUGAGUGUUGAAAGAGUCCAGUCUUUUGUGCUGGACUAAGUGCAAGGUUAGUAAAUUGAUUUAAUGUUCACCGCUUGUCCACCAAUUUCAUGAGGAAGUAUUGGGGUGGAGUUCUGCGAACUUAGGACUUGUAUCACAGAUGAUUAGACAAGUCCCUAGAUGAAGGAACCUGACCUUUGGCCAAGACAUUCAGACCAGACUACCAGUCACAGAGAGGUGGGAUUUUAAAUUGUCUGCAGCUAUAACGUACCAAGGUGGGUGGGCAUUCUAGCAAACACAAUCCAGAUGCAGGACCAAGCACAUCCUCACUGUGCUAGGCAUAGUCUGUCUGUAAGAGUUAGGCAGUAAAAUGCCUUCUCUGUCAUAAAAGGAAUGCAGGAGGAUAGUGGUGACUUUGGGAGAUUACACCACAGAGUUACACGUGUCCCAGGAGCCUGCCUUGUCCUGACAGAACACAUCCCCAUCAGGAUCACAUGCAGGCCCUCACUGUAUGAUGAGCAGUUAAUAAACAGAUGGAAGUGAGCUAAUUUGCUCAUGUCCAUUUCUCUCUGCUGACUUCUCAGACUGUAAGUAAAGUGGGUUAGGCAGUAACAACUAUAUUCUGCUCUGAGUCAAAGUUCUCUCACUGGGUUCAUCAUCUGAUGUCCAGUGUAUGUCUAGAGGCAGACACACUUCUGCCUGCUGUUUCAGCUGGCUGAUGGGAACCAGGCUAUUAUUCCUUGUUGUACAUGUGUGUAUAGGUCCCAAGUCAUUCCUGUUCUGCACAAACUUUCCACUAACAAGAGAAAAGAAAAAGCUGUUUACAAAUGAAAAGGACUGUUGUUUUGUCCUCAGAAGGUCCUUUGGCGCUGGCAGAAAGGCUGAGACUGCAACAGCAGGAGGAACACUGCAAGAAUCUUGUCCUUCACACAGCAGUGCCCCUCCUCCCAGCAAGGACACUGCAAGUCCUGAGAUCUGAUGGUAGGAUAUCGUAACAUGUUAAACCAGUUCUCCUUUGGGUCUAAAAAGUGUCCUAACCUGAAGCUGAGGCAAUCUAUGUGUCUAAAGUCCUGCUUCAGUCUUGACAUUUUUUUUGGUCACACUUCUUUCAUGCUUCAGUUCUUUAUAAGG